UCCGAGCGACAAAUCCCGAAUACACUCGCGCUGCUCCUGCAGAGACACCGAGAAGAUAGCGAUUCAGAAGAGUUUAACCUUGAACCAUUUAAGUAACCAUGACCAGAACACUUGGACUACUAAUGCUCCUCUCCGCUCUCUGCUGUGGCCUAGCAGACAAUGUGGAGCUGCUCCGCACUAAGAGAGGGACUCGUUUUUACAGAGGUGAGCCUGGCAGGCAGCCAGCUAGACGGACGCUUUUGAUUAUUCAUGUCGAGAAGUCUUCACCUUCCUUUGACACCUCCAUACAUUGUGUGGAGCGUGAGACAUCAGCUGUGCGUGGUUUUGGGGACACUUGGCUGCGAUGGAGGGGACAGCGUGUGGAGUAUUGCCGUUGUGCAUUAGGAGGACAAGAGCGUUGUCAUAUUGUGCCCGUCAUCAACUGCUACGUGUCUCAGUGCUACAACGGAGGAACCUGUAAGGAGGCCGUCUACACUUCAGACUACAUUUGCCAGUGUCCUCCAGGCUUCAGUGGGGCUCAGUGUGAGAUUAACACCAACGAGAAGUGUGCUGUGGGGCAGGGUGAAGGGUACCGCGGCACGUGGAGUAUGAGCCAGUCAGGGACAGAGUGCAUCAACUGGAACUCUACGUCUCUGAGAGGAAGGAAGUUCACAGCUAGAAAAGUGGACGCCAGCAGUCUUGGACUGGGCAAUCACAACUUCUGCAGGAACCCUGACAAUGACAGCACUCCUUGGUGUUACAUCUAUAAAGGCACUCAGAUCGUCUGGGAGUUCUGUUCCUUGCCCAAAUGUCCAGAAGAUAAGUACCAAGAAUGUGUGCUGGGCUCUGGUCUGUCAUACAGAGGCACAAUAUCUGUCACUAAGAGCGGCUCUCGCUGUCUCCCGUGGGACACUCCUGCUGUCAAGCGCAAGCUCAACAAUGCUUGGAAGUCUGAUGCGUUGGAGCUGGGGCUGGGCAGUCACAGUUUCUGCAGGAAUCCAGACGGUGAUGCGGGUCCAUGGUGUCACACCUACAAGAACAUGCAGCUGACCUGGGAGCUGUGUGACAUACCUAAAUGCUCGAGACGUCCAUCAACCACCUCUACUGUUGGCCCACGUGCCCCCACAACUAACAACAAUAACAGAGCAACAUGUGGCCAGCGUUUAGACAACACCCUGAAUCGCCCAUCGUUCCGCAUGUUUGGGGGCAGAGAGAGCGAUAUCACGGAGCAGCCGUGGCAGGCGGCCAUUAAUGUUUACCAGGCCCGUCUCAGAAAACACUUUCACCGAUGUGGAGGAGUCCUCAUUGACUCCUGUUGGGUCCUGUCUGCUGCACACUGCUUCGAGGACAAUGAUAAAGCGGAAAAAUUGGAAGUGAUUUUGGGACGAACGUUUCGGAAACAGAAUUCCAGCAGUGAGCAGAUUUUUAAGGUUGAGAAGUACUGGAUCCAUGAUGAAUUUGACAACAACUCAUUUGACAAUGACAUCGCUCUCUUGAAGUUGCAGACGGACAUUGGCAUCUGUGCUGUAAACUCUCCAGAGGUUCUUCCUGCGUGUCUGCCUGAACAUGGGCUGGUGCUACCUGACUGGACUGAGUGUGAGAUCUCAGGCUAUGGAAAAGACUCUGAAUUUUCUGCAGAGUACUCCGAGCGUGUUAAAAGAGGUUAUGUUCGCCUGUGGCCCAAAGAGCGCUGCAUCCCAGAUGUGCUGUCUGGACGCACAGUUACCUCCAACAUGCUGUGUGCAGGUGACACCCGAGGCCUGGAUGAUGCCUGCAAGGGAGACUCUGGUGGUCCGCUCGUCUGUCGAAACAAUGACAAGAUGACUCUGAUGGGUGUGAUCAGCUGGGGUGAUGGGUGCGGACAGAAGGAUAAGCCUGGGGUCUACACCCGUGUCACCCAUUACAUCGACUGGAUCAACAGCAAAAUUAAGGCAAACCCGGUCUGAAGUCAGAGAGACUGCAAAGAAGAUGCUGUUGGAUGACAUUACCCAUAAACAAAGUGGGUUAAAUAGCAAACGCACGUAUGUUUAUCAUUGAGAAGAUAGACAGGGAGACCAACAGGACUCUGAUUGUCUUCAGAGCUUGUUUAUCUGUUGCUCUAAAUCCAAACUGAUGGAUGCUUUAAACCAGCAGGAUCACUCCUAAAGAGGUGCACAUGAAGGACCUCAAUCAUGAGUUUUCAUGCUCACUGAAGCUCCACAGUCUCAAGUUUUCUGUUCCUUACUGUGUUGAAUGUGACAGGAUAUGUGGACAGAAACACAGGACAAACUCUGGUUCCUCCUUCUGGUCCAUCUUGAUCUCAAAAACUAUUUUUGCCUUUUCAUGCAUACAGUGUUUUCAUAUGUUUUGUCAGUGUUGUGUCCACCAAACUGGAGGUUCAGCCAGUGACCCUAACCGGAAAAACAGGAAAUAUCUGUAUGUUCUUCUUACUCUUUCUGGCUGGCUUUAUGCUGGUUUCUAUAAAGAAGUCACAGUGGUAGACUUCAGGUCAGUAGCACUUUUAAUGCAAAAGAACACUCCACUCAACAUAAGCAUUUACUUUGUAAGGUGCAGUAAGUCACAUAGGAAUGUUUUUGCUGCAGAUUGUUUUACAGACUUGUCUUUUAGGUGUGAGAUUAUAUUGCCUUAACCAGUUUUAACGCAAAUUGUUCUGCCUUUGCUUACUUUGAUGCUUGAGGGCGUUUAGACCUUCAUCCAAAACACAAAACGUAUCUGCUGGUUCAGAUUUUGCUUGUUUUUGCAGUUUUAGCUCCCUGCUGCCUUGUAAAUGGGAAUCGAUUUGUACAGGUGGAAGCAAGACACUCUGAGUUACUCCCUCCAUACAACAAACCUGUGUCCUGAUACUUAAGCGUCACUAUAGAGUAAAAGCAAAACCUCACUUGCUCUUUACAAUUUGUUUUUUACCACAUUUCAAGAGCACUUCUCCACCGGACACCUGGGUUGAGCCCAACAUGUAUAUAACAAAAGACAUUGUCUGAAUACUGGUUUUAUAUUGAAAAUGUCUAGUGGCUGUUCUACAUUCAACUGCUUAUUGACUGCAAAGCUUAUCUCUUUUGUUCUGUGACUGGGUUUUAGAUGUUUUGUCCUAAGUUAAUAUUUAUGCGUAUUUUAUAUUGUUUUAGAGAAACUACUUUUGUACUUUGUUUACUGUAGUUAAGUAAUUUAUUGUCGCUGCCAUUAUAACCACAUCUGGCAACAUACUCCUUUAUCAAUAAAUAAUAGUUGAAAUAAA